UCUUGCAACUCUGGUGAAGUUUUCUCUCCUGACCAUUUUAGCAAAAAUAUUUUGGUUUGUGAUAGGGAUAGAUUAUUUUACCUUUAAAAUAUCAGUAUUAUUCAUGGUUGAGAUUAUAGUUGAAUAAAGGCGGAAGAAUCUAGAAAUCACUAAUCAAUCUUUAAAUUUCAAUACGUAUUCGAAUAAGGGGUGCAUCAUGGAGCAAAUACCGUACGCCUGGUUGCUAAUUGGAGCCGGUGCCCUUUGGCUUUUCCGGAUUUAUAUGCAGGGUGGUAAAUAUCGAAAAAAUACCACGGCUUUAGGGAAAGUGGUAGUCGUCACAGGAGCAAACACUGGCAUUGGGAAAGAGACGGUCCGUGAACUUGCUAAGCGUGGAGCCACUGUCUAUAUGGCCUGUCGCGAUAUGAAAAAAUGUGAAGAGGCCCGACAAGAACUAAUCAAGGACACAUGUAAUAAAAAUAUACAUGGCGUGAAGCUAGAUUUGGCUUCCAUUAAAUCAAUAGAAGAGUUCGCUGAUAAUUUCAAGAAACUCGAAUCGCGUCUAGACAUUCUAAUCAACAACGCUGGAAUUAUGGCCUGCCCACACAUGGUUACUGAAGACGGUUUCGAAAUGCAGAUUGGUGUUAACCACUUAGGCCAUUUCCAUUUAACUAAUUUGCUUCUCGAUUUGUUAAAGAAAUCCGCUCCCAGUCGAAUAGUGGUGCUAUCAAGUUUAGCACAUGCAAUGGGCCCAUUUAAAAAAAAUGAUUUCCUCAGCGAACAUUCCUACAAUCCUUCAAAAGUGUAUACACAUAGUAAAAUUGCCAAUAUUUUGUUUGCUCACGAAUUGGCCAAACGUUUACAAGGCACUAAAGUGACUGUUAAUUCAUUGCAUCCGGGUGUUGUCGAAUCAGAAUUAAUGCGCUACAAUUCAAUAAUUAAUAAACCGAUUUUAAGUUCUAUUGCAAAUGUUUUGAAAUGGCCAUUUUUCAAAACAACGCCGAACGGAGCUCAAACUACCAUAUAUGCUGCUCUGGAUCCAGACUUGGAAUUUGUUAGCGGGACUUAUUUCAGCGACUGUCAGCCAAAAAAAACCACUUCAGUUGCUCGCGAUGAUGAAUUGGCUAAGUGGUUGUGGAAUGAAAGUGAUCGCCUUAUCAAAUUGAGAUUAGCGCAAUUGGAUUUGAAGUAAAAUAUACUUGUAUCUAGAAUGGCAGUAAAUAUAAAUAUGUCCAUAUUUCUUGCAAUGUACGGCAUAUAUUGGAGGCAGAUUUAGUCGAAAAUAACUGCCUAAUUUUAUUCGGAGAACAAACUGCAUAUAUUAUUGAGUAAAAAAUUAAAUUAAAUAUUCUAUCAAAUCUUCUUAAUAAUACUAUAUUUUUCUUUUAA